AAAGGGGAAGAGGGGAUAUGUGUCCUUUCAGCGUUCCUGAGGUGUGGCUGGACUGAUUGAUGGUGAUGGUUCAUGAGUUCCAAAAAUAGCUUCUGUGUGCUGAAGGUCAGGGUCUUCUUUCAUUAAAUAAGUCAAGCCGGGGGUGAGCCUGGCUGUUGGCAGAAAAUACAGAAUCUUGCUUACAGGGCCUUGCAAAUGUGGGGCUGAAUGUGUUAUGGUUGAAGACCCAGACAGGCUGAGGGGUGGGAGAAUUUUGUGCUGUCCCUCUCUAAGCCGGUGCUGCUGUGGGGAGGUGUGAGGCAUGUUGCCCGGUGAUCUCAGCAGAAGGCAUUGCAGUGAGGUUGAGCAGCAGAAAUGUUUGCUCUGGGAAGUUCUGAAUGCAAAGAUCAGCAGCUUUAAGCUGAGGGACUGCUGAGUCCUUAUGGACUUGGGACUGUUUGUCUCAAAUAAUGAGUGAGGUUUCAGAGUGAGGCUGCCAGGAGAUGUCCCAAGCUAAGCCAUUAUUAUGUUAAUCAGUGUCAGAGCGCGAGGUCAUGUGUGACGCAAGGCUGGGGAACCUAAUGUCCUCUCCUAGAGGGGAGAGGUUGUGGACAAGUAGGGUCAGAAUUAUUGCCCUGGGGUUAUUCUUAUGUGUGCUGUUAUACCCUUGUCAUGCCCUAGAUGUGGUGGCACAGCUGGAGCCAUCCUGACCUGCCCUUUGGAAGUGGUGAAGACACGUCUGCAGUCGUCCCAGCUGACAUUGCGGCCUCUGUGCCUCUCAGAGGUGCAGCUGCCAGGGAUGAGUGUGAGGCUGAUGAACCCCACCCCAUCAUCUCCUGGAGUGUUCAAGUUGCUAAGGGCCAUCCUUGAGAAGGAAGGUAUGCGAUCCCUGUUCCGAGGUCUGGGUCCAAACCUUGUUGGUGUUGCUCCUUCCCGGGCUAUAUAUUUUGCUGCCUAUUCUGGUGUUAAGGAGAGGCUCAAUGCUGUCCUUGUACCUGAGUCCAAGAAAGUACACAUGCUAUCAGCAGCCUGUGCAGGCAUUACCUCUUCCACACUCACCAACCCUAUCUGGUUAGUGAAAACCAGGAUGCAGCUGGAAGCCAGGGCAAAGGGGGAGAUGGCCAGCAAUGCUCUCCAGUGUGCUGUGCACGUGUACCGCACUGAAGGCCUUCGUGGGUUUUACCGCGGUAUCACUGCCUCCUACGCUGGAGUGUCAGAGACCAUCAUCCACUUUGUCAUCUAUGAAGCGCUGAAACAGCAGCUGAGGAACAGCCAUCAUUCCCUUUCCCCACCCCUCACACUGUCAACAAACAGCCAUGAUUUCUUUGGACUAAUGGGAGCUGCUGCUGUCUCCAAAACAUGUGCUUCAUGCAUCGCAUAUCCACAUGAGGUCAUUCGGACACGAUUGCGAGAAGAAGGGUCACGAUACCGUUCCUUUAUACAGACACUGCAGCUUGUGGUCCAUGAAGAGGGACCCUUGGCUUUGUACCGAGGGCUCCUGGCUCACUUGAUCCGCCAAAUUCCAAACACAGCUAUCAUGAUGGCUACCUAUGAACUCAUUGUACAUCUAGCCUCUUCCACCUUGUAAGCACACUGUAGCACCUGCCUGAGACUCGGUCUUUUUCCAUCCUCUGAGAGGUGGUGCUUUUUACUGCAUAUCAGAACUGGUCAGGCAUAGCAUUCUCAGGACAUAAGACUAUUUUGUGCAAUGUUUUUGGCUCCCGUGUGCACAAUGUAGGCUUUCCAGAGACUUGAAUUAUUCUGGUGCUUCAAGAUGUCAGGGCACUGGUUUGACAGUGCCUGCUGUAAGCUCCCUGUAUGAAAUAAGGGCAUGGAACUUACUGGGAAGGAGACAAAGAAGAAAACAUAGAGUAUCUUAGCCUCAAGCAUAUUCACUACUUUUGGACCCAGUAACAACCAUACAUGGGCACAGUUAUACGUAAAGACAGGCUAGAUCUAAGACAUCUGAGAGAACUGCAGCAAGCAGAGAUCUUGUACUGAGGCAUUUCACACCCUCAGAGGGUCUCUUCCACUUUCACCUACUGUGCUGCCUUCCUGCCAACAGGGAUUUCUUAACCUUGUCUGUCAGCAAAUGUCCUAUUGCAGAAUCUUCUUUUGGGUCCUUAACAUGUUGCAGCCAUUGCCCUGAGACAUGUUAGGCAGCUGACAGCCUCUUUUUGUCUUGCAGGGUCUGAAUAAUCAGACCAGUUACAUCAAGGGAAGCAGCACAGCCUGCUGUGAAGCACUACCCUAACAACUCAUGGUACUGGGCUCAUGCCGUGUUUUGCCAGUAUCUGUUUUUCCAUCCCCGCUAGAAAGAGGAGGAGACCUCCUUAGAAGUGCUGAGGCUGUUCUACAAGCUGGCAUCCCUGGUGUGAAAAAUACUGUUAUGCUGAUAAAGAAAGUGGAUCAUAUGAAAAGAUGGAUGAAGCUGAGGGCUUGGCCUGUUUCUAUUGAUGAUACACUAAAUGUAUGGAAAGAGCCUUAUUUCUUUUUCUGUAAUCAAGAAUUCGGUGUGCUGCAUGUGUUACACUUGCCUGUGACAGGCUGGGGUGCUUCUGUCCCAUGUCCUGGGGAAGGCUACAUUGUGUGUUUACAAAGAGUAUUUUGACUCUCAAAAAGGUGGGUGUAGGGUUAGGGGUGAUAUGUUUUUCUUGUUCCAACACACACACUAAAAAAUGUAACCCUUCCCCUAGAUGAGGCAGUAAUUUCAGUAAAUACAUGCUCUGGACAAUCUCCUGUCUCACAUUAGAGGCUACACUGACUCUUUCUUUCCCUGGUUGUUGUGAAAAACUGCAGAAGCCCUGAACAUUUUAUUUGAAAUCCAUUUAUUUUAAAAUCCACUUUGUUUCCUUAUCCUUCUUACCUUCAUUCAUUUAGUUUAGGACUAUCGACAAUUUUACAAAGCGACACAAGCUGCAGUGGUUUUUUUUUUUUUGCGUGAAACGAGAAUAAACCUCA